UUUCAUUCUUCCGCAGAUUCAACAUCAAACUGCGUCAUCUCUGUCAAUAUGGCAAAGCUUUCAUUCAUUGCUCUAACUAUUUUCCUUUCUAUCUUCAACAAUCUUCUCUCUUCUUACGCACUCUAUGGUUCUUCUUCACCCGUUCUUCAACUCACUCCUUCAAACUUCAAGUCCAAGGUUCUGAACUCAAAUGGAGUCGUUCUUGUUGAAUUCUUUGCACCAUGGUGUGGACACUGUAAAGCUCUUACUCCUAUAUGGGAGAAGGCAGCUACUGUAUUAAAGGGUGUCGUUACCGUGGCAGCCCUUGAUGCUGACGCUCACCAGGCUCUAGCUCAGGAAUAUAAUAUUAGAGGAUUUCCAACUAUAAAGGUGUUUGUACCUGGAAAACCACCGGUUGAUUACCAAGGAGCCAGAGAUGUCAAGCCAAUCGCAGAAUUUGCACUUCAGCAGGUGAAGGCUCUUUUGAAGGAACGAUUAAGUGGAAAAGCAACAGGGGGAUCAAAUGAAAAAAAACAAUCCACUGCUUCUGCUUCGGUAGAAUUAAACUCUAGUAACUUUGAUGAAUUGGUUAUCAAAAGCAAAGAACUUUGGAUUGUAGAGUUUUUCGCACCUUGGUGCGGCCAUUGUAAAAAUUUAGCUCCUGAGUGGAAAAAGGCGUCCAAUAAUUUGAAAGGGAAAGUUAAACUGGGUCAUGUUGACUGUGAUGCUGAUAAGUCUUUAAUGAGCAGGUUCAACGUUCAAGGAUUCCCUACAAUCUUGGUAUUUGGAGCCGAUAAAGAUACUCCAAUUCCUUAUGAAGGUGCUAGAACUGCUUCAGCCAUCGAAUCAUUCGCAUUAGAGCAGCUUGAAACAAAUGUUGCUCCUCCAGAAGUGACGGAGCUACAUAGUGCAGAUGUUCUUGAAGAGAAGUGCGGUUCUGCCGCUAUCUGUUUUGUUGCCUUCCUUCCCAACAUUUUGGAUUCCAAGGCUGAGGGAAGAAACAAAUACCUUCAGCAGUUAUUAACAGUUGCAGAGAAGUUCAAAAGGAGUCCUUACAGCUACUUAUGGGUAGCUGCCGGUAAGCAGCCAGAUCUUGAGAAGAAUGUUGGUGUUGGUGGGUAUGGUUAUCCAGCUUUAGUAGCAUUGAACAUUAAGAAAGCUGUUUAUGCUCCUCUCAAAAGUGCUUUUGAACUUGACCAUCUUAUAGAAUUCGUGAAAGAAGCUGGACGUGGCGGUAAAGGUAACUUGCCCCUAGCAGGCACUCCUACCAUUGUAAAGACAGAACCAUGGGAUGGAAAAGAUGGAGAAAUAAUUGAGGAAGAUGAAUUUUCUCUUGAAGAACUCAUGGGAGAAGAUGCCCCAAGCAAAGAUGAACUAUAAUUAAUUAAUUUGAAAGGAAAUGAUACGAAAUUAGUGGUCAAGUUAUCACCAAUUUUAUGCUAUAGGAAAUUGUAGUAUGUAGAAUAUUAAAGGGAAAUGUUUUCAUGUGCUCGCUGUUUUUCGAGUUUUUAUUUUUUCCAUGUUCGGAGUUAAAGACUAGUGUAGCGAUGAGUGAUCUUUCAAGGAGCAUCAUGUUAUUCAGUAGUACAAGAUAUCUCAGGAAAAUGUAAGCAUGUUGCUAUUUUCUUUUUUCCCAUUAAUGAACAAUUGAACAUCAGUUAACAAAGUACAACCUUCAGAACUUAGAACA